GCAUAUAAAGGGUUAAAACGGGGAGGAAGCCCUAACACUUUCUACUUCCUGCAGCGAAAGGGCCGCACUUUUGAAUGAUUCAUGGCCUGAAUCUGACGAGACGGCAAUCGCUUAUUUAUUCAGUUCCGAGAUAAAGGCGGGAGACUGUUCGAGAUGAAUUACAUGCCGGGAACAGCGAGCCUCAUCGAGGAUAUCGACAAGAAACACCUCGUGCUGCUUCGGGAUGGGAGGACGUUGAUUGGCUUUUUAAGGAGCAUCGACCAGUUUGCUAAUCUUGUUUUGCACCAAACUGUCGAACGCAUCCACGUUGGGAAGAAGUACGGCGACAUUCCGAGAGGAAUAUUCAUCGUGCGAGGAGAGAAUGUUGUUUUGCUUGGAGAAAUUGACCUUGAGAAGGAGAGUGAAACGGUGUUGCAGCAAGUCUCCAUCGAGGAGAUACUCGAAGAGCAGAGAUCACAACAGCAAGCCAAGCAGGAAGCGGAGAAAGCCAAAACGCAAGCACUGAAAGACCGAGGACUUUCCAUUCCCAGGGUGGACAUGUUGGAUGAAUACUAAGACACAAACACGGCUAUAGUAUUUUCACUUGAUUUGUCGGACUCUUAAGUUUUUAAUUUAAAUGACAGUUUAAAGAGGAAAGAGGAGACCAGACAUCUUGAAUGAAUAACACAAAUGCAGACAUUUGAUUUUGUAUUGUGGUAUUUUAAUUUAAUGGACGGUGGCUAUAAACAAAUGCCUUUUUUGUUACAUUUGAUAGAUGAUGCCACACAAAGUAGAAGUUGGAACCAAUGGAAGCACUUGUUUCCCUUCCUUAAAGCAGCCGGGAUACCCAGUUCUGCAGAAUUGUUUAUAACAACCUUUUUUUUGUCGAGUUGAUAUGGUUGAUUUCACUGUUCCCAUGUUAAUGAGCAGAGCGAACUCGUAACACAAAUUAGUUUUUUG